CCGAACGAAACUCUGACAGGGUCUCCUUCCGAUUCAUGAGGGAUUAUGCCCUUUUCCCUUGCCAUUCCGGUCUCGUUUUUCAGACUUCCUUGGUCUUCCCCAGGAGGGUCCUUUUGAAGGACCGCAGCCCAGUAGCUGCGCCCUGAGGUUUGGGGUUGGGUAGAAGAUCGUCGUUCUGGGACCUGGUGUUCUCCGCGUUAGAGGGUGCGUAGAGGGAAGAGUGGUCUACGGGAAAGAAGUAUUUGAGUUCUUCAAGCAUUUGUUCAGUCCAGCAUUUAAAAAUGGCAUCCAAACAAGAAAUAAUGAGUGACCAGCGGUUUAGGAGGGUUACAAAGGACCCAAGAUUUUGGGAAAUGCCAGAAAAGGAUCGGAAAGUCAAAAUUGACAAGAGAUUUCGAGCAAUGUUUCAUGACAAAAAGUUCAAGUUGAAUUAUGCUGUGGAUAAAAGAGGACGCCCCAUCAACCACAGCACUACAGAGGACUUGAAACGUUUUUAUGACCUUUCGGAUUCUGAUUCAGAUCUGUCUGAUGAAGAUGAUGAAGCAUUGAACCAAAAGAAAAUGAAGAAGAAAAAAACCAGGACUAACAAAAUAGAAUCAAAAAAUCUAGUUGAGAAAAAGAAAAAAGGCAAGAAAAAAAAUGAAAAGGAUUCUGGAGAUAAAGAUGAUUUGGAUAACUCUGACAGGGUUCAGAAAAUGGAAAAGUUUUGCAAAUCUAAGAAGGUAGAUUCAAAAGUAAGUCCUAAGAAAGACAGAGAAGACUUUACACAAAAAAGCACAAAAGGGGAAAAAAACAUUCAACGUAGUACAGAUUCAUGUCCCAAAGGAAAAGUAAACACAGUAGACUUGGGCAUCUCUCAAAUUACGAAAUCUCCAAAGGUCAAGUACUCUAAGACAAGAAGAGAAAUGCUAUCAGUGGUUCCGCUCAUGGCAAGAGACAGUGAUGGUUAUGAAAACUUGACAGGUGGUAAGAUGUAUGACAAAGAUGCUCUGGAGGAAGAUUCAGAAAGUGCUAGUGAAAUAGGUGAUGAAGAAUCUGAAGAUGGAAUUACAGGCAUUGGUAGAAGUUCAGCUGAUGAUGAUGAUGAUGAAAAUGUUGAUGGAAAUGAAAAUGAUGAUGAGGAAGAGGAAGAUGAGACUAGUGAGAAUGAUGAUGAAAGUGACAGUGGCCCUGAUCUUGCAAGGGGUAAAGGAAAUAUAGAAACUAGUUCUGAAGAUGAAGAAGAUAUGGCAGAUUUACUGCCAGAGGACUCUGGUUUUGAGCAUGCGUGGAGAGAAUUAGAUAAAGAUGCUCCUCGGGCUGAUGAGAUUACACGUCGAUUAGCUGUUUGCAACAUGGACUGGGACAGAUUAAAAGCAAAAGAUCUGCUGGCUUUGUUUAAUUCAUUUAAACCUAAAGAAGGUGUUAUAUUUUCUGUAAAGAUAUAUCCUUCAGAAUUUGGAAAGGAGAGAAUGAAGGAAGAGCAAGUUCAAGGACCAGUAGAGUUACUAAGUAUUCCUGAAGAUGCCCCUGAAAAGGACUGGACUUCUAGAGAAAAACUGAGAGAUUAUCAAUUCAAACGACUCAAGUACUACUACGCAGUAGUAGACUGUGAUUCCCGUGAAACAGCUGGUAAAAUUUAUGAAGAUUGUGAUGGCCUGGAAUUUGAAAGUAGUUGUUCAUUCAUAGAUCUAAGGUUUAUACCAGAUGAUAUUACUUUUGAUGAUGAGCCCAAGGACAUAGCCUCAGAAGUGGAUUUAACAGCAUAUAAACCAAAAUAUUUCACAUCUGCUGCUAUGGGAACCUCAACGGUGGAGAUCACUUGGGAUGAGACUGAUCAUGAAAGAAUUACAACACUCAAUAGGAAGUUUAAAAAGGAAGAGCUUUUGGACAUGGAUUUUCAAGCCUACUUAGCUUCCUCUAGUGAGGAUGAAGAGGAGAUAGAAGAGGAGCUGCAAAGUACUUAUGAUGAUAAAGUAAGUAUGGAAGAAGAUGGGAAAACAAAGAAAAGUCAGAAGGAUGAUGAAGAACAAAUUGCUAAAUACAAGCAACUCUUGGAAGUUAUUCAAGAAAAAGAAAAGAAAGGCAAAGAAAAUGAUAUGGAAAUGGAAAUUAAGUGGGUUCCAGGUCUGAAAGAAAGUGCAGAAGAGAUGGUCAAAAACAAAUUGGAAGGAAAAGAUAAACUGACCCCUUGGGAACAAUUUUUAGAGAAGAAGAAAGAGAAAAAAAGACUGAAAAAGAAACAAAAGGCUCUUGCUGAAGAAGCCAGUGAAGAUGAACUUCCCUCCGAUGUUGAUUUGAAUGACCCAUAUUUUGCUGAAGAAAUUACAAAAUUAGGUAUAAAAGAAAAGAAAAAAUCAAUGAAAUCUACAAAAGAUGGCACAUCUCCAAUGGAAGAAGCUGAAAUAGAAAGACAAAAGGCUGAAAUGGCUCUGCUCAUGAUGGAUGAGGAGGAAGAGAGCAAGAAACACUUCAAUUACAAUAAGAUUGUAGAGCAUCAGAAUCUAAGCAAAAAGAAGAAAAAACUGCUGAUGAAAAAGAAGGAAUUAUUAGAGGAUGACUUUGAGGUAAAUGUUAAGGAUGCACGGUUUCAGGCAAUGUAUACUUCCCACUUGUUCAACUUGGAUCCUUCAGAUCCUAAUUUCAAGAAAACAAAAGCUAUGGAAAAAAUCCUUGAGGAGAAAGCCCGGCAGAGAGAACAAAAAGAACAAGAACUUACUCAGGCAGUAAAGAAAAAAGAGAGUGAAAUUCAAAAGGAAUCACAAAAGAGGUCCAUUGAUCCUGCCUUAUCAAUGUUGAUUAAAUCUGUAAAAAACAAAACAGAGCAAUUUCAAGCAAGAAAAAAACAAAAAGUCAAAUAGCUGUUUGUUGUUUCUUUUUGGAUUGAGAAUGUGUUCUCCUAAAGUGUACUGAAGUGAUAGAGGGAAUAUUUAUUGGGAACAAAGCAAUCUUUCAAGAAUAUGAAUAAAAUACAAUUGUAAAAUUUCUCCCUCAUAUAGCAGUUUGACUUAAUUGUGGAUAGUUGACAGAUUUGUUCUGUAUAUUUCCAGUUUAAUCGUAAUGAAUUUAAUUAAACUGAAAUAAUGAUUUAUAAAACUUUUGUAUUUUAUGAAAUGGAGUAAUACUUGUAGUAAAUUACUCUCGGUCUAAUUUUUUAAAAGAUUGUUUACAAUUCUAUGUUAAAAAUAGAGCAGUGCCCAGUUAUUAAGCCUGAAUAAGAGUUAGGAACAAUUUGAAAAAAUAUAUAUAUAUAUAUGCAAUACGUUUAAUUUCUCUGGAAAAGGAGGCAGGAUUAGGUACCUAUGUAAAUAAUUUAUUUUUUUGGCCAUAAUGGAUAGAAGCCAAUAACUUCAUUGUGUGUUCAUGUUUAUUAUAGUUUGUUUAUGAAAUUAAUUUGUAAAUAAAAGUAAAAUAUUUUAUU